AUGGACUCUAAAUCAGUUGAAUGUUUAUUAGAGAGUUCCGGUGGAGCACAUUUUUCGGGAUUCCACUUGGAUGAUAUAGAGCCAAGGAAUAAGGAAAACGGACAAUCAACAACUUCCACCACUGGACAUUUUCAUAAACAACCUUUUGUAAUUGGUUAGUCUCUUCUUGAUCAGAAAAAUUAUUUAUCUUGUAGUUGUGUCUCUUUUUUAGAUUGGAAAUUUUGGACAGUUGUAACUACGAUGUGAACUUCUGUGUUCUCCUGAAACUCACUGGCCCAAGCCUGCUAUCCCAGUAUAACCUUAAAAAUGAUUUAUCCUAGUACAAUCGUUUUACGGCAAAAGAGAAGCUGAUUAAGAGAUUCAGUCUUGCCCUUAACAGUUAGCUUUCUGAUUGCAACCGUUUGUUUUCCAGAAAAUCACUACGUUGUUCAUACUUAUUUGUUUCUAAAAGCAAAGGUCAUGCCCAAAUCAGCAAGGGGCCGAAAGAAUGAUGAGUGUGUUACAACACCCUUCUCUCCCAAGGUUCCCUUUUGUUCAUGAAAGUGUUUCAAACAUAAUGUGCGGAAAUUCUGUUUGAAGUUGUUUUAUAUGUAUUGGACUUGCUGCUCGUCCCACGAUUUAAUUUUUUAUUCGAUUUCAAGGACUUCAGUUUUCUAUGUGAGCUCUUUUUCUUUCUUGACUUAACAUAGUAUUAAAUUCUGGUCACGAUUCUUCAAUCGCCAUCUGUGCAUUGGUUUAUUUCUCUGGUUAGAAUUUUGACCAUCUUUCCCAAGUCGUUUACUUUCUUUUCUUUUUCGAGACAAUUGUUGGUUAUGAGCCAGUGUGACAACAACAGCAUGCUAGGAGUAGGUUCCAUGAUCAUGGUUUGAACUCUUAUACUGACUUUUGUGAUCCAGCUUGCUUGAAAAGAUGUUUUAUAGGAAUAAUUUAUUCAAAAAUAGAUCUAUCAUUCUAAGCCUGUGCAAAUUGGCCCGGGUUGCAACUACACUGAGAUACUCUAAGUGAACUAUUUCACUUUGACUGCCACCGAUCAAUACUUAGCUGCCAAAACUUGCAAUAAUUGACUAUCCAAUGCUCAUAAGCUAUAUUCGGCUCUUUAUUAUUAUAAAAAUCUUGUAUCAAAUUUUAGCUGGUCAACUGACGUUUAAAUUGACAUUCCCCUCGGAUCAUUUUUUCAGUUCUUGAUUCACUUUUUUAUCUUCUUAAACCUAUAAUUUUGGUCUCAUUUGAUGUUUUGUUGCUUUUCACACUGGUAGUUAUUAACUUUUUAGUAUUUUUCAGUUGUCUAUUACUUAAUCUGACCACCUUGAUCUACUGGAGUCAUAACUUAUCUUAUUUCGCACAAAUAUCUGAGAUUUUCGGAGUGUCAUUUGCAGGCGUUGCUGGUGGUGCAGCAUCAGGGAAGACCACCGUCUGUGAUAUGAUAAUUGAGCAGCUUCAUGACCAGCGUGUUGUUCUUGUCAAUCAAGUACUAUGCUUUUUGCAACUACUUUAGUUAUGUCAUUCGGAGAUUUCGUAGUUUAUUUUGAUAUUUCAAUUAAGAAACAUAAUUUGAUUUCUUUCAAAGAUAAAGCCCGUAUGCACAUAUAGGCUAUAAAUUCUUUUCAUGUCCAAAGUCUAAUUUGGGAACAAAGGUUUCGUAACUUUUAGUAUAACCAGGUAUAUUGUUUUAACCGUCGACCUCUGAACUGUUUUAAUAAUUCAGUCCUGACUUUCUUUAAAGUCCUACAGAAAAUGCAAUUUUAUUCAAUUUUCGAUUCCCAUGGGUAUAGUCUAUUUCCCAAGAAAAUGUAUUUUAAUAGCUUCCACUCCAUAGUUCUUCCAGAGUCGGUUCCUUACGUUUUAAUUUUUUUUCAAAGAACCUUUUGGAUCUUAGGUUAACAGCUUUCCAUCUAAUGCCCCCUCAAUGAGCGUGUAACAUUAGGAAUACUGGUGUCAGAUAUCGUCAUUCAUGCUUCUUUUCUACCAUUCAUUUGUCAACACAUCUUUAUGGACGUCAACACAUGUCACGUAGGUGCCAACCGCAGUAUCGACUCUAUGUAUUCAUACUUAUGAUUUGUGAUUCAUGAGCUGACGUAUCAAUUAGUGUUGGCACAUCUAAAACCGUCAACCUUUGGUCAAAACUUUUUAAAAACUUCAUGUGCUUCCAAAAGUGUCAACCCCAGGAUCAACAGAUAUUCAUAAAUAUAUUAAUACAUUGUAAGCGUUUAUCUAAGUGUUAAUGCGGCAUAAAAAGUUUUUGUUACAAUAUUUAAACAGAAAAUUAUGACUAAAAUUAUGACAAUAUAAGCGUUUAUCAACAGUUAUAAGGUUUUUGUCACAACCUUAUCAGCUGAAGGUUGGGGAUUCAACAAGCACAUUAAACACAAUCCUCAUAUGCAAUCUUAAUAUACAUUUUCUCUUAAACAUAAAAACUAAAUUACUCAUGAAGUCAUGUUAGAUUAGUGAGAAUCUGACUGCAUAUCUUGGACUAAAAUGUUGUGUUUUAAUUUUAUCUUUUAAGUCGUAACUUGUUCUCACAUAAGAUUGAUUUAAUAUUAAAACUGUAAACUAAUUUGAUGGGAAAACCGGAAUCAGUAUAUUUCACUGAUCUUAUUUUCAAAAAAAGUCUCUUUUCUUUAAAACCUGUUUUACUUUAUAUAAGCCACUGACCUCUACCACUGGAGGAGCAUAGUUCUUCAAAAUAUUCUUAUAUAUUACACUAUGAUCUUACUUCUAUUCAAAAUAUAUAAGUAUAUUUUGUGUAGCCGUGCACAUGUUCUAUUUAUAUUUUCUUGUCAAAUAUUUUUAGAAAUGUAAUGAUAUUUAUUGUGUGGUUGAUGAUAGUUUGCAAAAGUAAUCAAAUCACUGUGUGAUUUUAUCCUUUUCUUAUUUUCAAAUUAUUUAUAAAAUUGGAAAUUUUCCAUCAAUAUGCCAUCAUGAAUAUGUAUUCAUUUAUGGUUAUUUAAUCCAUGAUGUGUCUUAUUUAUUUUCCUAACUUGUUAUCAUGUUUCUCCAAGUGAUUUCCCAACAUGCUUUGUUGGCAGAUGUGUGCAACUUUUAUAAUUUUUCAUGCUAAUAUUUUCCACUACGAAUUGUUGGUAUUAUAAAAUAAUUCAUUUUUCCAUGAUCUUGCAGACCUCCUUCUAUCAUAGUUUGAGUGAAGAGGAGUUAAUGCAUGUUCAUGAGUACAACUUCGAUCAUCCUGGUAAGCUCUACUACUUGUAAACUAUGAUGACUUGUCUUUCACGAAAUUCAUUUAAUCCUUAUGGCCAUAUAUUUAUCAACAUGACACUCUAUGGACCAAUGUGAAGACAGAUUCUUAGCUUUCACUGCUCUUGUAAUAUCCCUAUGCAUCUGUUAAAAAACAUUUACUUGAAAAACAUAUUUUAAAUAUCCUUCUUCUCUUUAAAAGAUAUUGGCUUAUUUUCCCUGCUGAACGACUCAAGUGAUUUUUUUAAUGAUGUAUCAUCGUGAAUUCAUGUUAUUGAGAGAUUGAAGAGAAUGAGAACCGUAAUAUCAUGGAACUCAAGUACAUAGUUUAGUACUGAAUCUAAUUCUGUACAUUUUACCUGAAGGCGUCAUCCACCAACUGUUGUCAGCCAAAAUCCGCAAUGUUUCUAUCAAAAAUCACUUAAUAUGAUCAUGGUGUCGCUCAUUAUAUUUUUUUUGGUGAAAUGAAACAUUUUCAUUUCAGUUAUAAGUGCUGACCAACAUUUUUGCAACGUUGGAACUGUUGUAUCAUCUCACUUGGACUCGUGUUUUUGGCUCUUUUGAUGUUCUCCAGUUCCUGUUUUCAGAUGCCUUUGACACUGAGCAACUUCUUUCUUGCUUGGAUGAUUUAAAGAACUGGAAAUCCGUUGACGUUCAAAAUUAUGAUUUCAAGACACACAGAAGCAUAUCACCUGCAAGAAAGGUACAACAGGCUUUCAAAAAAAUUGUUUUGGCAUCCAUUGGUAGCAUUUAUUAUGGUGGGCUAGUUGUGCUACUUGAUUUUGAUAAUAUCCGAACUCUGUCAUUAGUUGUCUUUGUAAUCCAUGUUUUUCUUAGUCUUGAAAUGAAAACUCGUUGAUGGCAGGAAAGCAUGCAGUCUUUUCCCCAUUCUUUGUACCCACCAUUGUGUACUGAAUGCCUGCUCUGGGUAUCUUGUUGUAACCAAUUUCAGACCCUAUGCAUCGGGUUUCUGAAUCUCUGAGGUUUCAAUUGGAAUAUAUAUUAUGUUAAAGUCCUAAGUACAAAUUUGUGUGAGCCAGGAUGAAGUUAAAAUGUCUCGCUGGGUUACUAUGAUUCAACUCAGUUCUUUUCUUCCUGAGUUUCAAUGCUAUACUGAGUUAAGUCAACAGUGAUCCUUAGGAUGAUGUAUUAUAUUCAUUUCAUAAAUUUUUCCUGUCAUUUAUGUGCAUUAUGCUAUUUCGUAUUCAUAUUAAAGAAAUUUGUGCUUUAUGCUGUUUCCUAUUCAUAUUAAAGAAAUUUAUCUGCUUUAGGCUAUUUCCUAUUCAUAUUACAGAAGGUAUUUUACACACUUUUCUUUCUCCACUUUCAUUGUCAUUUUUGGAUAGCCCUGGGCACCUUGUGAAAUCCAGAUAUGAAUCUAGUUUAAAUAAUGCAUGUGCUAAUGAUUAUUUAUAUUGUUACUAAUAUUUGGCUAUCUGUUUUGCCUGCCUUCUUCCCUGCUACUUGGCCAUUUUGUGUCUCAAAUGUCUAGAAUAUCAUUUGUAUUACUACUAAAUGGAUGACUUUAUUUUUUUAUUGUUUUUUUUUCAAUGCUUUUUGGCCAUUUUUUUCUGCAAGAUCUUGCUUUAUAUCUAGCUUUUUUUGUUAACAUGUUUCACAAAAUGUGAUGGUGGUGUUCUGGUUGUAUUCAUCAGGUCAAUCCUUCAGAUGUCAUCAUUUUAGAAGGGAUAUUAGUGUUUCAUGAUCCAAGAAUUCGGGAAUCUAUGAAUAUGAAAAUUUUUGUCGAUUCAGGUCUACUUUUCUGCUUCUGACUUGCUAUGAUUCCUCUAAUCUUCGUCCUUUUUCUGUUGGUGUAUUUUUAUUUCUAAGAUUGAGACAGAUCGGGUUAAGUGGUGAGUAUUUUUCCGAGUGGUCAACGUAGUACACUAACUUUUACCUUCUAGGGUACAUGUUGCUUAUUUCCUUGUCACCUGCUUAUAUAUAAUUUGAAAUUUAAAAACGGAAAGGCUGUGAUAACUUUGCAAAAUUGUUCGUGUACCGCUUAAGUUUCUUUUAGCUUCAGACAGUGUUAACUCUUCCAUCCGUCUUAAAAUAAUUCUGUAAAUAAUUAUGCUUCAGUUUAUUUAGGUUAUGAAUUUAUCUUCUAUGGAAGCGUCUAUAUGUUUCGAGUUUAGAUCUUGUUCUUACCUACAGAUUUUUUUUUUCUUUGACGUCUAUUUGAAUCAAUCAUGGAUCACUUAGUGGACUCACAUGUACAGAGGUACCUGGCUGUGUUUUCUCCAUAGUUGCUCAAAAUUCAGGUGCAGUCUGAGAAAGCAACCAACAUCAAUUUUUUGACGGCUACUAUUAUGUCAAGAGUUACCUAGGUCGGGUACUAGGAAGGGUUAGGUUUUCAGCUUGCCACUAGUCCCCUUUUUUUGGAAGUGGGAACUUUAGUGUAACAAAUAAAGUAGUUUUCAACAUACUAACUUUGGGUAUUUUACCCUCUUCUUUUUUUUAGAGAAUCAUCUUCCAUGAACGUGGAGAAUGAUUAGUCAGAGUAUUAUUUCAUGGUUAUGAUUCCAAAGAAGAUACACUAUGUUUACAUUUUUUAUUAGUUUUAUGUUUUCUUUGGUACUCUUAUCGUUUUCAUGAUGAUUAUUUCCAGUGCAGAUGCUGAUGUUUGCUUGGCAAGGCGGAUACAGCGUGAUACUGUCGAGAUGGGCAGAGAUAUCAAAACAAUUAUAGACCAGGUAAACAGAACGUUGUUUACUGCUAGUGCAUGUAUUCAGGAAAAAAAAAAUUAUGCAUCAUGUUGAUGUUCAGCCAUUCGGCUAUGUUUGUGAGUUGGUUGUCAAAACGUUCUUACACUUGCUAUAUCUGGUGCAGUAUUCGAAAUUUGUAAAACCUGCUUUCGAUGACUUCAUACUUCCAACAAAAAAGUAUGCUGACGUGAUCAUCCCACGUGGUGGAGAUAAUCAUGUGGCAAUUGACUUGAUUGUGCAACAUAUUCGCACAAAACUUGGUCAACACGAUCUUUGUAAAAUAUAUCCAAAUUUUUCCGUCAUUCACUCCACGUUUCAGGUAAGAGCCAAAAACUAUUUCUAAAUUUACUGUUACUAUGCCUUUUUUUCAGAAUUAUUGGAUGGUAUGUUUAUUCCAUUUUGAAAAUUCACGAUAACAUUUUGGCAAAGAUAUGUGGUCCCUCUAUACAAAUCUCAUUGGCUCUUCAAGGGUUUUUCUUCUUAUUAGACCCUUUUGUAUUUUGUGAUUGAUCAAUUCAUUAUGACUUCCUCCAGAUAAGAGGCAUGCACACCCUUAUACGUGAUACCCAUACCACAACACAUGAUUUCAUAUUUUAUGCUGAUCGAUUGAUUCGUCUGGUCAGUAUUUUUAGUUUAUCCUUUUACUUGUUUAUCAAUUACGGUUUAUCUCAGCUUAUUUAGUUGAAAAACGUUUUUUUCCCUUGUCAGGUUGUUGAGCAUGGUCUGGGUCACUUACCUUUCAAGGAAAAGCAAGUGAUUACGCCAACAGGUAAUUUUGUUUGGUAUUUUUUAAAUGUGAUGUCUUCAAUUGAUUUACUUGCCAUUUUGACAUCUCUGCAAGGAAUUUUUGAGACAAGGAUUAUGCUAACCUUGAAGGUUUAGAAGAUUUUCUUUGGGCAUAGAGUAAUAAGACUAGUGAAUAUUUGGUUAAGUCUGUGACUUGUCUAAAAUCCCGUGCUUACAGGUUCAAAGCCAAUGGUCAGAUUGUGUGUCCAGUGCCUUGAAUAUGUUGCAUUCUCACAUUUUGAAAUAUGGGAGAGGAACAGUUAUGUCCAUUUGUGAUUGUGAGAGUUAUCAGGCAAGAGUAUAAGGGUGUUGACAACAAUGGUUCUCCCACUGUGUAGAAUGUGGGGCUAUGUAUUGACAAGUUCCUGCUCCCCCAAACGCAUGUGUGCUGCUUCCAUAUGAUUCGAGUGUGCAAUGCAAUAUCACAUGUAGUUUUGUGCCGAGCUGCAUCCCUUCUUCUGUUUCGUUGUUCUAAUCUAGUUCCGAGAAAAAUAAGUCUUUUUCAAAGCCAAUUGCUAACAAGUUCUGUUUAAUUGGAAUUCUAGAAUGAUUCUCUGUGGUAGCUUAUAUUCGUGAAUGCAGGAUCUGUCUACACUGGCGUGGAUUUCUGCAAAAGACUGUGUGGUGUCUCAGUGAUUAGAAGGUAUGCGCCCAUUUACUUGUUCUAUGAUCUAAUUUCAUUCAAGUAGAUAAUCACGUAUUUUAAAGUUAUAUAAUUUUAUUUUGUAGGUGUGUGACCAAAGUUCUCCCAUAAGUGGGUGUUUGGAUACCAUUACACUAUAUGUAUAAAAGAAAAACUAUGCAUGUUGUCCGAAGAUCCCAUAACAGAAAAGAAAAGGUCUUCAUUCCCCCGUGUCAAAAAAGAGAGUAACCUGGGUUCUACCAUCAUGCCUUUUGUCAAGUACCUUCCUAAUCUACUUAUCUGAGGGACUGUUAUCCUACCAGCCCAUUCAUAGCCGUCUUGCCAGCAAUCUAUGUAUUCAGACUUCAUCUCUUCUGUUGUUAUUUUCACCGUUAAGAGUUUCUUUAGGAUGCUAACCUGAGGGUUCCUCGUUGCCACCAGAUUCGUCAUGCUCGUCCCUCUGUUAUGAUCAAUAAUGCUGGAUCUUCUCCUUUCAAAAUACCCACGAUGUCUACUACAACUAUUGGUGCAGCAUAGUUGACAUAUUUGAAUAGAAUCAACUUGCUUCUCAAUCUCAGAAAGCAAGUUGUACCAUUGGCUUUUCUUGUUAUUAAGGAGGAAAUAUUUGUAUCCUCUUCAGUCUUAUCUUGAAGUUGUCAGGCUACUAAGUGGUAUAGAAACUAAUGUAUCACCUUAAAAAUUAAUUGGUAAAUCUUAUCCAAACGCCAUAUAAUUUAUUAAUUGGAGUCCGUAAGGUAUUUUGAAAAAAGUCUCAGAAAUUGAUGCUAUGAAAGUUGAUGGACAUGAAUCACUUUCCUUGUUCACUUAUAUUUGGAUUGUGCAGGCCUUUGAUUGCUUGUGGUAAUAUGCAUUCUAAAUACAUUUUAACACCAUAUUUUGGUUUAAAUAAUUUCAAUGGUGCACCAGUUAUCAUACAUUUCUUCAGUAACGUUUCUCAGUAUCCAUCUUUUGUCGACUAGAAAGAAUCCUUUGUCUCAAUCUUUCAAUGUUCUUCGUUUCUUUUCUUCAUGAAUAAGUGGGUCUCUGUUGUUUUACGUGGCUUAACUGAUGCCAGUGGUGAAAGCAUGGAGAAUGCUCUUCGUGCUUGCUGUAAAGGGAUCAAGAUUGGGAAGAUUCUUAUCCACAGGGAAGGAGACAAUGGUCAGCAGGUUUGUGCUAGCCCUGGUUUUUCUUCUAAAUUUUACUUGUUUUCCCUAACAUUUUUAUAUUGCAGCUUAUCUAUCAUAACCUUCCAUCAGACAUCGCAGAGAGGCAUGUACUACUGUUGGACCCCAUACUAGGCACUGGUAGGCUUGACAAAUAAUUUAACAAUGUUUGCCACAAUUUAUCUAAUAUAUGUUUACCGUCUGAAAGAUUUUUUAUAUCAAAAAAGAGAGUCCUGUGUCUUAUUCUACACUAUCUCUGCGUAGAUAUUAACUUUGUCAGGCACUUCUGAUUUGCACUUCUGAUUUUCGAGUUAAUAGAUUAUCGGAUGAUAUAUAAGAGUCACCUUGUUUCUCUUCUCCAAACUUUUAAGGAAAUUUCUUCAUUAACCUUUUUAUUAAGCCAUUUUUCACCAGCUUCUCAUGAUAUUUCUCAUCUUCCCGAUAGGAAAUUCAGCCGUUCAAGCUAUUUCCUUGCUAAUGUCCAAGGGUGUUCAAGAGGCCAACAUCAUAUUUCUAAACCUCAUUUCUGUAAGUAUUGAGCUCCAUUACUUCAUACGACCCACGAAUUUUUAAAUUAUUGAGCUCGAAUUUCUGUGAAACAAAGGAGAUGAAUCUCCUAGUGUUUGUCACCUAGACCAUCCUUCUCCAAGGUAAGACUGAGUUAAUUUCCAUCGCACAAGUCAACAAUCAGCUGCUCGCAUACUAAUUGAUUUUCCCUUCUAGAUAGAUACCAUCUAAGCCACAGGAUAAAACUGUUUAUAUGCUUAUUUACUGUAUAUUCUUCUUUACUGGUUCUCCAUUAACUGUCUCCACUCCGCACGUUUUGGGAUUGUGCUCUUCCGUUUUAGAGUUUCCCUGGCUUCACAGAUGCACCCAAUUUUAUUUCUUCUCUCUCUCUCUCUCUCUCUCUCAUUUUGUGUGGGUAGGCUCCUCAGGGGGUUCACGUCGUUUGCAAGAAGUUCCCAAGACUUACAAUUGUGACAUCAGAGAUAGAAAGCGGCUUGAAUGAAGAAUUCCGCGUGAUUCCUGGAAUGGGCGAGUUUGGAGAUCGUUACUUUGGAACUGACGCCUGUUAG